AUGUUUCAACAAUAUGUGCAAAAGACGGACAAGGUGUUCCAACAAAUUGACGUGAACUUUCAAAAUCAGCAAGCGUCCAUCAAGAAACUGGAGACACAAAUUGGUCAGAUAGCACAACAACUUACAGAACGUCCACAAGGGAUAUUGCCAGGCAAUACAAUGAUAAAUCCUAAGGAACAGUUGAUGGCGAUUAAAGUAGUGGAGAAUGAUCCACCCAAGGCCCCCGUAAAAGUUAAAGCAUAUGUACCUCCACUUCCGUUUUCCCAAAGACUUCGAAAGAAGUCGAUGGAGCAAACUAUUCAUGUCAUAAAUAAAAAGAGCGAGGUACAAUCGCCAGAGAUCACUACAGAGAAAUCCAAAAGAAAAGAUAACCUAGAAGUGAUUGAUGAAGCUACAAUGGUAGAAAAAUCUGCACCAAAUGCAACUGAAAAUGGAGAAAGUACAGAAACAUCAGUUGCCAAACUCAAGAAGAACAAACAAGACACAAACUGUGAAAAAUUCCUCGAUGUUCUUAAGAAGUUCCAGAUCAAUGUUUCGUUCAUUGAUGCGAUACUACAAAUUCCAAGCUAUAAGAAAUUUUUGAAAGAGAUGUUGACAAAGAAAAGAAAGCUUCCGGAGUUUGAAACUGUGGCAUUGACUGAGGAAAGUAGUGCAAGAGUCCACAGAAAAUUGCCUCCUAAAUUGAAGGAUCCAGGGAGUUUUACUAUACCAAUUUCAAUUGGAAAUUCCUAUUCAAUUAAUGCAUUGUGUGACACUGGUGCUAGUAUCAAUCUAAUGUCAUAUUCUGCUUACAGGAAAUUAGGACUAGAAGAUCGAGACAUUCCAAUUAUAUUGGGUAGACCAUUCUUAGCAAUGGGACGAACCCUUAUUGACAUGAAGAAGGGAGAACUAAUCUUGAGGGUGGAGGACAAGCAGAAGAUAUUCAAUAUUUACAUCCAACAUGAGAAACCUUCUAAUAAAAAUGAUUGCUAUAGAAUUGAUGAAGAAGAGCCACCUGAUCAACGAAACUGUUAG